GAGUAAGAUUUUACAAAUAAAUCAGAUUCUUUUAGAUUCUUUUGCAAAGGCAACAAGAAUAAACUAUAUGUUAUUUUGAAUCUCUGGUUAUAUGCGGCAUAUCUGCUGGUAAUACCAUUAAGGCGGCUGAAGAGCUUAGAAAGUACUUAAAGGCAGCUGAAGAGCUCAGAUUAAUACUUAUCCUUGCUAGGUCGAAACCUUUUGGGGCUCUUAAUUACAAUCCCUUAGCAAUCCUGUCAAGUUAAUACAUAUCAAUGUAUUGGAUGAAGAACCUUGCAUGGCAAUCCUGAAGCUACACAUCUUUGCAUGGCAUAAUCUUUGCAUUAUAUUAUGAACAUCCUUAAUAAUAUCAUUACAUGGCGAUCCUGCCAUCCUUUAGUAAUAACAUUACAUAAGACUCACAUUGAGUGUUAAGGUUCAGUUAGACGGUAGUUAACGUAAGAUGUUAAGAAGAAACGAAAUGAAAAUUUCGCUUUAAGUUAAGGCGGUGUUAGACGGUAAGUAAGCAGCUGAUUUUGUUUACAUUGGAACAUGCAAAUGAAAUAUUUUCAAAAGUUCCAGUCGGUAGUUGAGUGUCCGCAAGUGUAGUGAAAUUCUGUGUUAUUUUUGUUGAAAGUGAAAUAAUUAACAAUAGUUUAAGUAAAUUAUUAACAAAUAUGUAUAAUCAAAAUGAAUUGACUGUGCAAGCUUGUAAUUUGUUUCUAAACAUAUUGCGCUUGUACAGCAUGAGAAAUCAAAUGCGCAAUAGAAGGUGGCGAGUUCGUCCUAUUAAUGUGGAUCGUGCUCUACAUGGCUAUUACCGAAAAACGUUUUUAGCCAUAAAAGAAAAAGAUAACGAAGAAUUUUUUAGUCAUACACGGAUGUCUAAAGAAUUAUAUACUUUAUUAUUGAAGUUAAUAGCUCCUUCUGCGACAAAAUGUGGGCAGCAAAUAAAUGCUGAUGAACGUUUAUCACUUACUCUUUUGUAUUUGGCACAUGGCGUCCCUUUACAGAGUUUAUCAUGGAGCUAUAAAUUGGGAAGAACUACAGUUAGAAACACCGUGUUGGAAAUGUGUGAUAUUAUUUGGCAACUACUAUCACCAAUAUAUUUAAGUGAACCUACAGAAGAGCAAUAUCGGCAUAUUGCAUCAGAUUUUUGGCAAACAUGGAACAUUCCAAAUUGUGUUGGUGCAAUUGAUGGCAAGCAUGUUGCUAUUAAAUGUCCUCGGCGAUCAAGUUCCCAAUUUUUUAAUUAUAAAAAAUUUUUUAGCAUCGUACUAAUAGCAGCUUGUGAUGCUAAAUACACUUUCACUUCGGCAAGCUUGGGAGCAUAUGGUAGUCAGAGUGAUGGAGGAAUAUUUCGAGUAACAAGAUUUGGUAAAGACUUUGCUGAAAACAAAUUACCGUUCCCUCGCAGUAUUCCUUUACCAUUAAUUUCGCAACCAUUCCCUCAUUACUUCGUCGCUGAUUGCGCUUUUCCACUAAAGAAUAAUCUAAUGAAACCAUUUCGAGGAAAUGUUACAAAUAGAAUACAAAAAGUAUUUAACUACAGAUUAUCUCGGUCACGUCGAGUGAUUGAAAAUGCUUUUGGAAUUUUAACAGCGCGAUGGAGAGUAAUGAGAACAACAAUGGAGUUUAGUCCAGAAAAUGCAGAAAAAAUUGUAUUGGCAUGUUUGGUGCUUCACAAUUUCAUUAUGCUGCAUGAUACAAAGCGAUGGUACUGUCCGGAAAAUUUUACAGACAUUGAAAUGGAAAAUAAUUCUGUAGUUAGAGGAGAAUGGCAUAACGAAUUAAUAUCUGUUGAAGGACCAUUGCCUUCCGUAACGUCUUUUGUACGUCGUGGUCCAGAUAAUGCAUACAAUUUGAGAAUGUACCUAGCUAAUUAUUUUGUUAAUGAAGGUGCAAUUCCUUUUCAAAAUCAUAUUAAUUGA